AUGUUGCCUAGUUCAGCCCUCCUCUUCCUGGCCUCGACCCUUUUCGCCUGGCCCAGCUCCGCGCUCCCGGUGGCGGGUGCCGACGCCCAGUCCUCCGACUCGCAAGACGGCGAGACGUACAUCUCGUCCGGUGCCGUCGUGGGCCAGAACUUUGCCGACCCGUGCAUCAUCCAUGUCGACAACAUGUGGUGGGCCUUUGGCACCCAGGGCGCCGACAAGCACAUCCAGGUGGCCAAGUCGCCCGACUUCAAGAACUGGACUUUGCUCGAGGGCGUCGAUGCCCUGCCCAGCCCGCCCGACUGGGUCGACCUGCCGGUCAUGAAGCAGCUGGUCGAGCCGCUGACCGAGCCGCUUGGGAAGCCGCUCAACGACGCCAACCCCAUGCAGGCCAAGAACACGUGGGCACCUGACGUCGUGCAGCUCGACGACGGCAGCUUCGUCAUGUACUUUAGCGCUGCGAGCCGCAAGGACCCUUCGAAGCACUGCAUCGGUGCGGCCAAGUCCAUAGACGUCAAGGGCCCGUACAUCCCCAUCGACACGCAGAUGGCAUGCCCGCUCGAGCAGGGCGGCGCCAUCGACCCGGCCGGCUUCAAGAACUGGGAGAAGAAGGGCAGCGGCUGGGGCCUUGGCAGCUCCAACUUCCUGGCCAACGCCGCCGACAACAGCUGGACGAACCUGCUGUGGGGUGCCGGCGGCAAGGGUGGCCAGCGCUACAUUGUCUACAAGAUCGACGGCAACAGCAUUGGUAACGGCAACGCCAAGGGCCACGGCGGCUGUGGUAACACGAUUGACCCGAUCAAGCCCACGCCCAUUGUGCUGCAGGCCGUCGGCCCCGACGGCAUCACGCUCAUUGGCGAGCCGAAGCAGAUCCUGGACAACUCGGGCCUGUCGGACGACGGCAUUGUCGAGGCGCCGGUGCUGAUCAAGACGGCCAACUCGACCUACGUCCUCUUCUUCAGCAGCGGCUGCUACAGCUCGCCCGACUACACGGUGUCGUACGCCAGCGCGCAGAACAUCGACGGCCCCUACGAGCGCGCGCCCGAGCCCCUGCUCAAGACGGGCGACUUUGGCCUCCAGGCCCCCGGUGGCAUGGACGUCGCGUGGGACGGCAGGCACAUGCUCUUCCACGCCGACUACCCGGACGCGGCGACGCGCGCGGCGUGGGGCGCCAUGAUUGGCAUGCAGGACGACGGCAAGGUCGUGCACGUUUAA